UGUUAAUGGAAAAAGACGGAGAAGAUCAAUGAAGCAUGGGAGGAAAGAAGAAGAAGCAGAAGAAAGGGGAGGAGGAAGAGGAGGAAGAGGAGGAAGAGGAGGAGAAGAAGGACGAAGACGAAGACGAAGACGAAGACGAAGACGAAGACGAAGGAGGAGGAGAGGAGGAGGAGGAGGAGGAGGAGGAGGAGGAGGAGGAGAGGGAGAGGGAGAAGGAGAAGGAGAAGGAAAAGGAGAGGGAGAAAGAGAAGGAGAAGGAGAAGGAGGAGGAGAAGGAGAAGGAGAAGAGGAAGAAGAAGAGGAAGAAGAAGAAGCAAGAAGAAGGAGAAGGAGGAAGGAGGAAGGAGGAAGGAGGGGAAGGGGGGAAGGGAGGCAGGGAGGGAGGACGAGGGGUAGGGGGGCGAAGGUAGUUUCUUCUUCGACAGUCCCCAGCUUCUAAGCAGUUUCGGACAAGC